AUGGCACGACUUCAAGCCUUGAUCCUCUGCAUUGCAUACCGCACGGCUACCGGCGCGUCGCACAGAGCCUUCAUGCUCGCAGGUCUUGCUGCUAGAGCCGCCGCGGCGAUGAGGCUCAAUCAUGAAAGACAUGACCUCGACCCCAUCAGCAACGAGGUACGACGGCGCACACUGUGGUCGUUGAAAAUUUUGGAGCUGUAUUUCUCCAUUGGACUACCCGAGUACGAACUUUUACCACUUGAGAAUGUCUAUCUACAACUUCCUUGUCGUGAAGAGCAAUUUCAGGACAAGGCACCGGCUGUACCAAUGGAAGGGGGGUCUUACAUGCUGUUUGUCAGACUGACUUCGAUGCGGAGAGACAUCAUGAAAUUGACUCGCUCGAUCGCUCUCUGUGACGAGCCAUUUCCUCAGUUCCUCAAGUUGGUUCGCAGCCUACAUAAUGAGCUAGGCCAACUGCGCAUUCAAAUGCCGGUGGAUCCAACGUCCCCAAGCACCGGUGUAUUGAGGUGUGUAUCAACCCCGUGGCUGGCCAGGCAUUUGGCGAUGCACCUAUCAUGGCAUCAGUGUCGCUGCGACCUCUAUCGCUUACUGCUCAAGGGCUAUCCCGAGGCCGCUCCGUCAAUAGUCCUUGCAGAUCUUGAUCCGGAAGCCAUGAGUGAUGCGGUUCAGAUGUGCUCAGAAAGUGCUCUGUCGAUGAUUCAAACGCUGUCGGAUGUUAAUUUACACAGCACAAACACUCCGGUCCUGGAAUACGACACGGCAAUCUGUGGCUACCACGCGUGCCGGCUUGUAUUGUUCCUUGCACAUGCACAACCUAGUGGAGUCCGAUUCUCGAAGGAGUAUGCCAUUAGUCGAGCAGAGUUGUGUUUGGCUGCCAUCAAGCGGUUCUUCCGACACUCGACACCUGCCGGCCCGAUUUUGAAAGACCUCGAAAAUUUGAUAUCCAAGUGCGACACUUCUCCCAACGACUGGACUCAUCUCACUGUGAGAUCCGCAUCUAACGAGCAAAGCCGAGAUCCGCUGCUAUCGGAGGUGGCGCGAGCAAAACAACGUUUGGCAAUACACAGUCUGCUACGACAAGCAGAUUUCGAGGAUGGAGAACCCCCGGCUGUGGUUUCUCCGUCUAGUGUCAGUACUGAGAUCCCAUCGGUUCGACACCGUAAUAUGUACAAGGUUCUGUCGCUGGAACAAGGUUGGUCUAUACGAGCUGACUCGUCACUGGGCUAUGUGCCACAGCCUGAUGCGCAGGUGCAACAAAGCCCUGGAUAUGAAGAUCUGCCUGCAUUCUCCUUACAGACACUCUUGUUCCCAUGGGUGUGA